GAUGACGAUGAAGAGGAGGAGGAGGAGGAGGAGGGAGGAGAGCCCGCGCUGGAGGAGCUGGAGCAGCGCGAGGUGCUGGUGCUGGGGCUGGACGGCUGCGGCAAGAGCACGUUCCUGCGCAUGCUCGCCGGGAAGCCCCCCCUGGAAGGCCACGUCCCCACCUGGGGCUUCAACUCCGUGAGGCUGCCCACCAGGAACUUCGAGGUGGACCUGCUAGAGAGAUCGGCUUCUUGUUCACCCCAGGACCUGGGCGAGGCCAUGAACGUGGCUGAGCUUCAGCAGGAGCUAGGCCUGCUGGACGUGGGCAGCCAGCGGGAAGUUUUCCUCUUGGCAGCCAGCAUUGCUCCGGCAGGACCAGGCUUCGAAGAACCUGGCACCGUGCACAUCUGGAAACUGCUCUUGGAGCUCCUCUCCUAGACCUGAGCUGCCUGCUUGCCACCCAGCUUCAGAGACCACACAGGUCCACUGCUUCCUGACUCUGCCUCACCAACCUGGGCCUGGGGACGCGCAUUAGAGAGCCUUUCCCCUCUCCCCUCCAUCCCUCUCUCAAGAGCAAGGCCGAGCUCACACCUGUCCUCGUAGCUACUCAGCAGGCUGCCACCUGAGGAUUGGAGGUUUGA